GAUAGCGUCUGUAUCCUGUUGACGACUCGCGUACAAAAGUGAUAGUUCGUGCAUUAAAUAUUUGUUUAUCCAAUUCAUAUGUUUGAUUUAUUAUAGUGUUUGGUUAAUAUCAAUUCAAGAAAAAUAUUGAUAGUCUACUUUUCAAACUGGGACAUAUAAUAGUCGGAAUCCCGUGGGGUAGAUGGAGUCCAUGUCACUAGGGCACUCUCUGUCGGAGGGCGAUGCGAUAGCAGACGGCGAUGAGGAGAAGAUGACGGCGACGCUGAAGCUGCAGUUCCAGGCUCUGCAGCAGCAGCAGGCGAAGAGGCUGCAGCAACAUCUGGAGAAUAGGAUGGCGAGGAGGCAGGGCAAGGUCUCUGAUGGCUACAAAGAGGAAUCCUCUAUCAACCAAGGUGACCUGAAGCCGUCAGAGAUGGACAGAGAUGCGGCUGAUGGACUGAAUAAAAGGCUUCUGGAGGAUACGAACGAGCGGCUGCAGGAGCAGCUGAGGGAGGCCUGCGACGAGAACGGACGGCUUCGCAAGCUCCUGAGUGAGAAAGACUUUGAAAUCAAGCACUUGAAAAGGAAGAGGGAAGAGGAGCGGCUGGCUUUAGCCGGAGUGUCUGGUAUAGCCGGCGACCUGGCCGCCACAAAGAUCGUGGAACUGUCCAAGAGGAACCGGGAUCUGACUGCUGAAGCUGAGCAAGAGAAGACCAAAGUGAAGCGAGCGAACAAUAGGAUCAAGGAGCUGGAGAAAGAGCUCCAGGCUGUUCUGUCGCUCAGCCUCACUCCUGGGAGUGGAAAGAUGGAACAGAAGAUGCCUGGACAGCAGUCAACAGAGCAGCAUGUGAUCGAAAAUCUGGAAGUCAAAGCACUCCAGGAGAAGCUGUCCGCCGCCAAUUUUAAAAUGACCGAAUAUCGCAAUCAGAUCCAGGCAGUGAAACAGGAACUGAAAAUAGCUCAUAAGGUUCUAUGCAGUGAGCUGGGUGAGGAUGUGAACCUGCCGCAGCUGCUGAGUGUCCCGGGCAGCUGGCGAGGACGUUCCCAGCAGAUCCUGGCCCUACAGAACAGGGUACGGGAACUGGAACAGCAGCUGGGCCAGACAGGCCAGAAGAAGCACCAGUCCCCUCCCAGCCUGGAAGAGGAGAUGCUGGGCCUGGGGAAACUGCAGAGGACCCAGAUACUGCAGGACAAGAACAUCAGUCAUCUUCGUAACCUGGAAAAAGAGAGGAGGGAAGCUCUAGAGAAGAUCACCAAGGACCACGAGGCGCUGCUUAGAGACCACGAGGAGCUGAAGAUGAAGCUGGAUGGAUCCAAGGCCAGAAUCAAAGUUCUGAGCAUGGAGGUGAAGUCACUGAGAAGCCAGGUCAGCAGCCUCCUGGACAAGGGCAAGCACGACGACGAGCUGGUGGAAGCCUUGCUGAAACAGCAAAGGAGGAUGCAGGAGACGCUGAGGCAGCUGAACCAGGAAGAGCCGCACAGCAAGGCGGCCAAGCAAAGGUUGGGUCAGCAGAUCUGCACCGUGGGCCGGACACAGAGCCCCCUGGUGGAGCAGCUGAAGCUGAAGGUCGCCGACAGGGAGGCCAAGGUCAGAGAGCUGGAGGAGGAGAUCAGGCUGCGUUCCCUCAAGAAACAUAAUGGCGAGGAAUCCAGUUCAAAGGUUGCCCAGUGUUCUUCUAGACCUACAACUACAGGGGGCGAUAAUGCAGAGAGAUUGUCCCCUGCACGAACGGCCUCCAAACUUGGGCACAGACUGGUGAAGUCAGCAGAAACGGGGCCUGUUUCCGGAAGCGGUUUGACAGCUGGCUGCGGUACCGACGAGCUGCCGUCCCUGCAGGCCCAGUGUAGUGAGUACCGGGCCCUGUACCAGGCGGCCGGCGUGGAGCGGGACCGGCUGCUGGAGCUGAUGAAGGUCCAGCAGGGCAGGGAACAGGCGGCGGCAGAGAGGGCCGCAGAGGCUGAGCAGAAGCUUCAGGCGGAGCGUCGGAGGGCGGUGACCCUGGAGCAGCUGCUGGAGAAGGCCAGGCUGGACCUGGGCAAGGGGGCCAGCCCGAGAGCCGGCAGGAGGGCCAGGAUGGGAGUCUCCAGCAGCUGCACGGCUCUCCUCCCCAGUCAGGUCGACCGCCCUGUAAAAAAUCCCUCAGGCGUCGCCGCAGAAGUUCAGCUUGAGGAACUGAACGCCAAACUGGCCGCCCAGCAGGAGGAGUGCGAGAGGCUGAGGGCCGCACUCAGGAGCCUGCAGCAGGCCAAGGAGGAUGACCUGAGGCACUACAGCGACAUGAUGGACCAGGUCAAGCACAUCUUCUCACAAGCCCUAAGGCAGCACAAGCAGGAUGUGCAGCGGGGUAGCUAACUGCCCCAUCCAGACAUCCAGGAAGAACUUUUCUGGUAUGUUCUAGCAGAUCCCUGGAUGCUCUGGCUUUUUGUCUCACCUGGCAAAGCACCUGAGACGAAAUCAGCCAUUAAAUUCAACCCAAGCUCUUGGUUUGCUGAAGCUUAUUUAAAUAAGCGAUGUGUUUCUUAGUAUUUCAAAGGCCCUCUUUGAAAUUCGCAACCUGUCGAGGACCCGGGCAUCUAAACGCAGACACGUUCACAAUGCUUCUCUGUGCAAUUAAUUCUGAAUCUUUUAUUCACUGGUCACAUCUGGACUACUGUAUAAUGUAUAAAUGUGAAUUAAGUUUGUAUCCCUUACUUACUCAGACGAAUGCUCAUUUCAGAUUAAAAUCAGUACUCGGUUGUGUAA